CGCAUGUCUAUGUUUUGUUUAAGCGAAUGUCUGCAUAUCACCUUCUCAAUUUUCUUUCAGAUUUGUAUGCUUAACACUAGUGUGGGUAUGUUCAUGUUUGCUGCUUUGGCUCGGGAACUUAAGAAGUGGCUUGUAAUCUAGUUGGAAACCCAAGACGGCUUAGAUCUGUUGUUUGCUAUGUGUUAUUCCACUUUCUUCACCAUACGAGGUCGCCGACACCUUUUUAAAACGACACUCAAAAUUGUUUGCGUACUUGCAGUGGGGUUUGUGUUGAACCGAAUUAGGCAAAGUAAGUAGCAGCAUUUAUCUAGAGUUUAACAGUAGCGAUAUGAAGAAAGAUUCUCGUAUAAUUCCAUACUUUCCUUAAACAAAGCCCACGUCCCUCACUCUACUCUCUUACUCAAGUUUUAAAUAUUCAAAAAUUGUAGCUCGUUUUGUGAUUCAUACGGCAGGAUAAAUUAAAAAUAACUUCAUCAAAAUGUUUUUGUCGUUAUUUUAUCUAAGAAUUGUAUGCACAAUGAAUAAUAGGGUUACACGGAGAUCUUUCCUUACAUUAUCAGGCACGCCAAAGUAUGUGCUUUGCAAAAAUCAUUCAUAGAAAUUGAGCUCGGAAAAUAAAUUUGCAUCGUGUUGUAUAAUUUGUUUUGAACGAGAUAGAUUUUAAAACAGCAAAGAAAGACGAGCGCGAAUUUGGAGAAAUACAGCGAUUGAAUGUUGGAAUAAGAUCUUUCUUCAUAUGAAAUAUUUUAAGAUAGUGUUGUUACACAUUGAGCACUACAAGAAACAUCGUUUUAAUGAAUACAGGUGCUUCAAAUAAUCUUCACUUGUUUACGUUACGCAACACUCUCAAAUUAAAGCAAGCGUAUAGGAUAGACAUCCAAACAAACAUAAACAUGUGUAGCUGCCAUGCAAGGGUAUUUCUUUUUAGCUGGGUAGGUCGAAAUUGGACUUUGUAUUCUGGGCCCACUUGUUCAACCACUGAUUAGCACUAACCAAAGGUUAAAUUUUAUUCCGGGUUUCUUUAUUUCCUUUGUGCAAAAGCCUGUUUGGGAUAAUUGUCUCCAUUCUCUUUUGAGCUUGCAGUCACAAGAUUGUAGACAAAAAAAAUUACACUGGGUCUUUUUUUAAAACUUUCAGAACUGAAAUAAAAUUUCACACUAAUCCUGGGUUAUCUUAACCCAGCUUUGAACAACCCUGCCCUAAUGUUUUCAAAACUUUAACUAGAACAAAAAUAUUGCAUUGCUUCACUUUGAGAGAAAGAGAAAAAUCCUAAUUUAUCUAAACUCAUGCAGAUAUUUAAUGGUCUGUUGUCUUUAUUGUCUAAAGACUUAUAAGCAAAAAUAAAAUGCAUCGGUGCCAUGCUCACUGUAAUCUAAUUUGAAGCUGUUGUUUGGUCUCAAUCAAUGCCCCCAUUCCCUGUUGGAGAGAGAGUGCAUAUGAGACCAAAUCAUGGUAGUGAAAGAGAGUACGCUUACUGCCAUUCCUCUAACAGAGAGAAAAUAAAAAAUUCUACAUAACUUUAUUAAGAAAAGCAAACUGAAACUGUUGUAUCUCCAAUACACUCUUAAACAAAAAUAUAUUGCGAUCUCGUAUAAGGGAAGAUACACUGAGCAAAAGGAAAAGAUAAUAUUUCAAAGAGGGCUCCUUGAUUGGUUGUUGCCCAUCUGGACUUUGCCCUCUGUGUCUGAAAUAGGUGACAAAAUGUAGGUUGUUUAUGAGAAACACAUCACUCUACACACUAACAUAAUGUUAUUAAUUUUUUUUUAAAUAACUCAAAAUGAUAAUAACAGUCCUGAUUAUGAAAUUAAUGAUAAUAUAGCUAUGUAUUAAUUUAAUGAUAAUUAUAAAUUAUUAGAUAUUGAUAAAAAUAAACAAUAUCAAUUUGAUAAUGAUGAUAAUAUUAAUAGUGAACAAUGUGGAGACAUUAUGAGUCUGAUCUCUUAUUCAUCAAUAAGUGAUCGUUUUACAGCCUUUUAUCUUUUCCCUUUUUGUAAAUUUAAGAUUUAUGAAGAAAAACAGUGAUGAAAAUUUUUUACAUAAAAUGUCAAAAAUUAUUCAUCCUAUAUGCAUAUUCUCGCUUAAAAAGGUCUUUUUAAUAGCAACUUAGAAUAUGUAUGUAGAAUAAAUAAUGAUAGAACAAUAAUAAUGGUAAAAAUAAUAGUUUGGAAUAGCUGGGAAAAAGUUUCCUUACUGGGAAUAAACUGACGCUUAAUAAUCUGUUCCACCUCACCUUCCUCCCAAGUUUGUUUGUUGUUUUUUUUUUCUUAUUACUUAUGUUGUCACUUAUAUUUUUUACAGAUGGUCACCAGCAUUAUGAUCAAAAACAAUCUAGGAGUAUAUAUUUAAAAAGUGUUGACUUCUCAGUGGCCUCUGGCCCUCUGCUUCAACCUUUUCUGGACAACUCUUCAAAGACUGGAGGCAAAAUAAAAGAAAAGAGAACUAGUCACUCUGCUGAUACUGAGAGGAAAAACUCCUCGGUGGGAAUUAGCCAAGAAGAAAUCAACUUCAUGGCUGAAUAUACUCAAGUCCACUUUGAAUUUCUAUCAAAGACAAAAGCAGUGAUUACAAUUUCUAAUAAUGGUGCUAAAACUAUCAGGAACCAUGGAUGGACUAUAUACUUUUCCUUGAAUGUGUGGUUUCACCCACAUUUACAACAAGUUGGUGUUGAGAAACAUAACACCCUUACUUUUGCACAUGUUGUGGGACAUGUGUAUAAGAUUGAACCUGUUAAUUAUAGCAAUUCCUUUUCACCUGGAGCUUCCCUCAAAUGCUCAAUUACAGCAUUACCAAUUUUUCUUUGGUCUCGCUAUAUAGUAUCACCCAACUGGUAUGUUGCUUCCAAUGGUCUAGAGCCAAGAACAAUAAUUGCUACAGCUAAUGAAGACCUCUCUUUUGUUUCUACAUCUGAUCCAUUGAGUAGCUUUCGCCCUGGUGUAGAUGGUUCAAAAGAUUUGGGACAUGCCCCUUUAGUGGUUAUUCCUUCACCAUCUGAAAUAUCAAGGAAUAAGUACCCUCGGUCAGUCUCUAUUAACAAGGAAUGGACAGUGUCUGGAGACAAGCAGUUACAGAACGAAUUGAAAUUUUUGUCAGGUGGUUUUUAAGCAUAAAAUAUCUAGUAAUUAACUCUUAACUGCCAGGCAGCCAGUCAGUAAGUUGAUAAGUCAGCCAGUCAGUCAUUUAGCUCGUCAGCCAGUCAGACAGUCUGUCAGUCUGUCAGUCAGCCAGUCAGCCAAUCAAUUAGCCAGUCACUUCAAUCAGCUAGUCAGCCAGUCUGUUCAAUCAAUCAGUCAGUCUGUCAGUCAGACAGCCAGUCUGUUAAUCAGCCAGGUAGUCAGUUAGUAGGACAGUCAGUCAGCUAGUUCCUCUGUCAGAUAGUUAGCCAGUAAGUCAAUCAGUAAGUCAGACAGUCAAUAAGCUAAUCAGGCAGCUUGUCAGUCAGCUAGUCAUUAAGGCAGUAAGUCAGUUUGUAAGAGAAUCAAUUGGUAAGUCAGCAGUCAGACACAUUAACACAUAUUCACACACAGACAAACAGUUGGUCAGUCAUUUAGUUUCCUAUACCAGGAGCCCAAUGGGCUCCUGCCAAUAUCUAAUAAGCUAUGAAUGCAAAGUUGCUAUGCUCAGUCAAACAACACUGCUUUUAUAAAAUGAAUGUAGGAAGGUAUAAGUAAGUAUUUAGGACUAGUAGAGACAUUUCUUUUUGAUGAUAAUGAUGAUGAUGAUGAUAAAUGAAUAAUUUUUUUUCGCUUUUUUUUUUUCCUAGAUAACCUUGGGUUAAAAGUAUCUCCGUCCUUCGAUCCAAGUUCAAAAACCAUUUUAUUGACUCUGGCACCAACAGCUUUGCAAUCAAACCAGGAUCGGUUUUCCUCCACUGCAAACGAUUCAUACAGUCUUGAAAUAGAUGAUUCCAAGGAAUUGAUCUCCAUAACUGGCCAAGGCGCUAGUGGGGUGUUUUACGGUAUUCAGACUCUGUUGGCACUCGUGAACGAAAGUGGCCAAAUUGCAGCGGUUUCUAUCAAAGACUCUCCUCGUUUUUCGUACCGCGGGUUCAUGGUGGACGUUGCUCGUAAUUUUCAAUCUAAGCAGGAAAUAAUGAAGGUGCUGGACGCCAUGGCAAUGUAUAAGAUGAACAAGUUUCAUUUUCAUCUGUCGGACAGCGAGGGAUGGAGACUAGAAAUUCCUGGACUCGAAGAGUUAACAACAGUAAGGGAAAUUAAUUUGGCACUUUUUUUCCUUGAUGUGGGAAUGAAGUUAUUUUGGAAGGAUUCUAUCCGUCUGCGUGGGUUUUUUUUUGUGUGUGUUGGUCCAUCGGUCAGUUUUUUUUUUUUGCUAUCUGUCAUGUUACCGUUACGUUACUCGCUCAUUAUUACAUCACUUUCUAAAGUUCCCGUGGUGUGGAUAAAAUAAGUUCAUCAUAGCUGCCCGUGUGUUUAUUCUUCAUCAAUCUAGACAGUAUGCUGCUUAAUAUCUGUACUAUAAUUUUUGGAAUUCUUUUCCAGAUUGGAUCAAGGAGAUGCUUCGAUUUGCAAGAGAAGAAAUGCAUUAUGACGCAACUUGGCUCAGGCGUCGAUACGAGCACCUCGGGCACUGGGUACUACUCUACUGAAGAUUAUCGGGAAAUACUUCGUCACGCAGCAGAACGCCACAUUCAAGUAAUUCCAGAGUUCGACUUACCGAGUCACAGUCAUGCAGCUGUGAAAAGCAUGAGAGCUCGUUUCGACCGACUUGUACAGGAAGUUGGGAAAGAAGAGGAAGCGAAGAGAUUUCUUCUCAGUGAUUUUAAUGACAAAUCUUCGUAUACCACCAUGCAAGGUUUUAGUGAUGACGCCGUUAAUCCUUGUUUAAAAUCCACUUACACAUUUCUCGAUUUCAUUUUAUCGACUUUAUCUCGUCUCCAUAGUGACAUACAGCCGCUGACCUUUUAUCACUUUGGAGGCGACGAGGUUCCUAAUGGGGCCUGGGUGGACUCCCCAGAGUGUCAGAAGACGGAACAUAAGUUAACCAAACGAUACUUGAUGAACAUUUUUGUGGAACGUCUUUCCCGUAUCACACUUAAGCACGGUCUAGAUAUUGGAGGCUGGAGCGAUUCAUUUACCAACAUUGCCGACGGAGACAUAGGCAUCGGGUUGAAUAGGAAUAUAAUUAAGAAUAAAAACGCUGUGGCCUAUUUUUGGGGAGCUGAUUUUGAAGACGAGAGGAUAUCGAGACUUGUAAGAGGUGGCUACAAGGUAAUAACCCUGUUUUUUUCUCAGUUCAGGUAAUAUUCUCGUAAUUUUGAUUCUCUUGAAGACACCAAAUCAGUCUGAUAUGCUUUUUGCUCAUCAGUCAGAUUUCUAGGAUUGGACUCAAUAAGCGCUUUCUGGCAAUUUUUAUGGUUACCUUAUCAUGAUUUCAUCUCAUCUAUUUUCUCAGGUCGUAUUGACCCCCGCAAGGUUUCUCUACUUUGAUCAUUCACAAGAACAUGACUUUAAUGAACGGGGCUUAAACUGGGCAGAAAAAUAUACUGACAUCAAGAAGACAUUUGGAUACUCACCGCCUGGCAAUCAAAACAUUCUUGGUAACGUAGUUUCUUUUCCUUCGACCUUAACAUCUACAGACAACUAUGGAACCACCAUUUCAUUGUCACGAGAGCGUAUGUAGGAUUUCCACCAGGAGGGGAAGAAGUCCCUUCUUUAUUCUUAUUGACAUUUAGGAGCAUAAUCAAGUUGUUAAAAAUUAUUCCUUAUCGGUGGAAUAAGGAGGGUGGGGUGGGUGACACCUGCAUUCCGAGAGCCCUCUUGGCUGCGCCCUUCGGUCCGUGUACGACGAAGAUAACUCGACACAAAUUAGUUUCACUUUUUAAAGUGCCUUUUCGGUAUACGUUUUCUUCUUAUUUUGUAAAAAGCGAAUCGUGUUGUAAUGAAGAAUCGAGAGUCAAGCUGUUCUUUGUGGAAACAAUCGUUCUUCGUAGUGUUCCCAAGUACUUCAGCGACAAAAGUGUUGGUCUUUCGAAUGCCUCACACAUGCGAGGUAGCUUUUGGCGAAGAUAUGCCUGCACGAAGCAUGUUUUGGUUAGUGCGCCACGCAUGUUUAGUCAUAGAUGGGAUCACAUCGGCUUACAGUAUUUAAAGAAGUUUCAAGAAACAAUUUAGCCAGCCUUUGUUUCACUUGCAGGAUUAGAAGGAACCAUGUGGGGUGAAUUGAUCCGUACCGCUGGCCAGAUGCACAGCAUGAUUUUUCCUCGACUAUUGGCUGCGGCUGAACGCGCGUGGCAUAAAGGAUCUUGGGAAGACCUAAGGGGCGAGGAAAGGCAAAAGCAACUAGAUGAAGACUGGGUCAACUUUGCCAACACGCUCGGUCACAGGGAACUGGUUCGACUUGAUAAGAUGGAUGUACCGUACCGCGUACCACCUCCAGUAGCGAGGUUUGUAUAAAUAAGACUUCUCUUUAAGGUACAGAGGCGUCUACCCAGUGUAGAUCUGUACAUAUGCUUAAUGAAAUUGGCCGAAAAUUCAUGUGGCCCUCUUUAUUCGUUUCUAGAGUUGUCUGCAAAGCUGCUUGCAAUAAGUUACACGUGACAACUGAGCUGCCUGGCCUUAAAGUUGAAUACUCCAAAGAUGAUGGUCUAACGUGGAAUGACGUCAAACCGGAAACGGAAGUGAACGAAAAGAUAAAGCUCAGGACCAGGUAGGAUUGCUUCUUUGCGUGGUUUUUAGAAAAAACUGAGCCACUUUGGCCUUUUUAUUCAUUUUGUGAUCUGCUUCCAAGCGGGUCAGCCCAGAAUUGAUUUGAAAUUUAACAGUGAACUUUUUUUUUUUUUGAUAAUGAAGAUCGGCCGACCAAAACCGGUUUAGCAGAGUGAUCUACUUAGACCCGUCUCAAAGCUUAAGGGAAAAGUUACCACAGUGAUGCUGCGUUGAUGGUGCCAAUUCUGGAGGACCUUACAACACUCUCCUUUCACUAGAUCUCGUUUAUCUCGGUCAGCGGAGGCACCUUUGUCGUUGCUUCAAGACUGAGCAAGUACUAGCUUGAAAAGAAACACAAAUAUAUUUAGGGUUAGGCAUAAUCAGCACCGACUGAUAUGGAUGACAGAAGAACUGCCCACGCAUUUGAGGAAAACGCACUGAAAGGGAGGAAUGAAAAGCAAGAGGCCCGCGAUGCAAAUCUUGGAAGAGCACAAAACACGGAUAGAUCGAAGUUGUCCUGUUUGAGUUUUGAGUUUUCAAAAGAAUGAAGAUUAAUUUAAAUACAUUCUGCUUUCUGCACUCCGACUAUUUUUGGACUUUUUGUAAGACCUUCCAUCAGGAUCCUUUAUGAAAUGCGUAUUUUGCAUACUAUUUUGUGUGUCUCUCUGUUUCGUCGAGAUAUUCUGUAAUCGUUCAUCAAGAUAAUUCAUCCGCUAACGAGAUACGUUAUAGUGAUGUCAUAAUACUAAUGUAAGUCAUUUGUCAGCUGUGGACCUAGCCGACUCACUGGGUAAAUAUCAAAUCGUUUCGUAUACUUUAUUAUCUGAGCAUUUCAUAACAAUGUAACUUCCUUUUAGGAUUCGAACGCAGUUCUUAUUGUCUGGCAGUAAAUUCGUCAAUAAAGAUGUUUGAUAACAGUGAACGAAAAACCCACAACUGAUGAAACACUCUCGAUAUUUUAGGGUAGGGAGGGAAGGAAAGUGGAGUACGAAAAUCAUCGUUCCAGUUUCGUUCGCCUUAUUUAUCAUUGCACAGCUCCUUUUUCUUUACUGAUCGUCAUGAAGCAUCCUAAGGUAAAAGGUACAAAUCUUUCAUCUUCAUCGUUUGAUUGCGGUGUAAAAAAUUUAUUAUAUUGGCGUUCCUUGUGCCUUAAAGACUCACAUUUAUAAAAGCGAGAUCAAAUUGUAAUUUAAAAGUGAAAUUCCUUCAAAUCGUGGAUUGUAAAUUGAAAAAUCUGUCAGAUUUCACGCCUAACAAAAAUUUGUCCAACUCAGAGGCGCCCUUGAAGAUUGGAAGGGCUUGACAAAUUUUUGUAGGAUGAAAAAUCAGCGGCGCACUGGAACUGAUGACAGAUUUCUGCGCAAAAUAAACAAGAAUUUGCCAAGUGCGACUGGCCUCAUAGGGUACUUCCUCAGUCACGCGAGAUAGCCGCUUUCUUAACAGUCACGCAAUAAUCGUCACGUCAACUUAAUUUUUUUCAAUUUCAGGAAAAAAAAACUGGCUCGGCUCGCACAGUUUUUCUUUAAGUGCGCGGUGUGCUCGAAGUUUUCCUUGCAAUUGUCUUUAUAGGAAUUUUUUACCUUUUCCUUCCCUUUAAUAAGUAAAACGCCAUUUCGACCGGCCAUAAUUUAGCAGAUGAAAUCGUGAGCAGGAAAAUACCUCAUGCAUAUUUCAGACCACAACAAAACUUCGCUCUAACAAUACAAAGUUUGAAAGGGACUGGGCUUAGUUACUUGCCAUGAGGCUUCAUGUCUCUCACUGAACCGGGGAAUGGACCGAAGGAAUCAGUUCUGUAAUUGGGCUGCAAUAUGCCGUCCAGGGUAUCAAUCCUAUCUGUGAUGGUCCGAGAAUCGAAAGGCGCCUUUAAAUGGGUUCCUCGUAAAAUCAGGAGAUCGAUUCUUUUCGUUUUAACCGCAGUUCUGUUUGUCGUGACCGCUAGAUAUUUCUUCGGAAAAGGUAAGCGAUUAGUAAAUUACCUAGUAAAGUUGAGAAGCUAGCAAGCAGCCUUAAUUGAGAGACACAUAUUUCCAAUUUUCGACAAUUUUCCUUCUCAAUGUCAUCUUAUUUGUAGAAAUGUAAUAUCGCUUACCGCCUCAUUUGCAUUUUGGGCACUCGAACAAACAAAAACAAAUUUGAAGAAUCUAAAUUCAUAUCCUUUCUUCCACUAAACGAGUAUUCAAUAAACAUAUUUUGCGAAAGUUAAGUAGAAGAAAUAGAGAAAUUAAGGAUUUUAUACAAAUUUCGUUUUCGUGACAACGUUGAAAACGUUUUAAAUCCCUUAUUAAUGUUUAGGUAAGGCUUUAUGUUGUUGUCGCAAACCUUUUAUUUCAAGUUUUCUUCCCAUCUGCGUCACGGCAGAGUCCUUGCCGGUGUCACAGCGGUAAUGUUCACUGUUUUCGGAACUUACAACCUCUUUAUAUUAGGGGCGGAAACUGAAACCAGCGGGUCUCGCAACAUUUUUAUUGCGCGCUUUCAGAAUGUCGUUUACUUUUGUUUACGUUGAGUCUCGGAGUCUCUCAUUUCUCUUUAAAAUCCUCAAAGUUUAAGAGUUGUCCCUCCACCUGAAUCAUGCAAUGUGAUCGAGGAAACGAUGAUGAUGGUAGGAGUUGCAUGGCUAAAAUUAUGAAAUUUUUAAACGAGGUAUCGGCGUCAAUACAUUCUCUUUGACUUCACAGAGUACGUGGGAACUUCAUGAACAAAAGAUAAAUCGAGACGUAUUCGUAAUCUUUUCGUUGAAGCCUUUUCAAUAGUUUGAACUUACAAUCGUUGUCGUGCAGACGGAAACACAUCACGCAUGUCACGCAAUUUGUUUUCCUAAGGAGUUACUUUAUGCAAUGACUGGUGAAAGAGCUUUUUUUAAGCAGAAUCCGAAAGUUGCUGUUGAUAAUAAUACAUAUUUGGUCAUUUAUAGUAAAUUUGUGAAAGCUAAAUGUCUAACUACGAGCGAAAGACCUUAUUUAAUUACGUGAAAAAAGAAAUGAUCUGUGAACGAAAGAACGAUCUGUGGCUAAUACGAUUAAAAAAAUCACGAGCUUUCGACUGCUUGAACUGCUGUCUUCGACCGGUGAAAUGUGAAGGCCUUUCACUAUUUUCACCUAUUUAAGUAGUUCAUUCAUCUCAUAUUUCAGAUCUACUUUCUCUAAUAUUUCCACUUGUAGUAAUCUUUGAUAGGUCACUUUCUUUGUUUAUUAGUCAGAUUUUGGUUUCAUUAUCUUAUGGGAAUAUUUUCUACGCUGAAAAUCAAGAGCUCUAUCAUGCGUUCACCAUGCUAGUUCUUUUGAGUGCCAUCAGCUGCUUAGCAGAUAGCUACUAAGAAUGGUGUCAAUGGGGCACCUGCUGUAUUGAAAUUUUUUUUGUCAAAUUCAAUAGGUCUUGUAAGUCUCAAUAGUUGGUUAACUGUUGUACCUUUCAUGCCCUACAGAGUUUUUUUUCGGGCAAAGGGAACAGGUGGGAGGGGUGAUUAGCUUAGCAGAGUUGGGGGCUGGAUUGGUAUUGUAUGAUGGGAAGAAUGCAUGAGAAGUAAUAGCUUUCAUUCCAGGUGUAUUUUGUGGUUGAUGAGUGUGUAGUAUUCUGAUGAAGUGCUGUAGGGGUUACACGGGAUUGGAAGGAUCAAGGAAAAUAUACAGCUAGGAGAUAAGUCUACUUAUUGGAAGGUCACAUGGUCAAUUGAGAAUAAAUAAAUAGCGAGGGGGAGAUGGUAAUUUUUCUUCCUUUCUACCCCCCCUCCCCCCCCCCUCUGCAGCUUUCUUGAUGUAACCAAUCAAAUAUGACAGCUACAACACUUACUCAGAACUUUUAAAAUUUGCUGGCUCCCUUGCUCUGUCAUGCAGAAUGGUAGAGGGACACAAUAUGAAAGAGAAGUGUAGAAAUGUCACCUCAUGCUGGUUGACUAUAGGAAAAUUUUAAGGUUUGCAAGGUUACUUGACAUCUGGCAUGCACUUCAUGAAGUCUUUGUUAUCUGCCUUAAGCUUUAGCUUAGGCAGAUAACUCAGACCUCAGUUUUGAUAAUUUGUGAUAUCAUAACCCUAAACUACUCAGAUCAAUUAAUAGAGUAUUAAUGUCAAUGCUUGUAUAUUAACAUUUUACUUAGUAAAUGUUAAGUAGAAUUUUAGUAUUGCUAUCUUGUUUAGCCCAAAAAUUAUAACUCUUUUUUCAGGCUGAUAAAAACAUGAUAUGAAUAACAUCGAUCAUACUUUAUAUUGUGACUAUCCAAUAGACUAUCUUUAUUUUAUUUUGUUUUUUUUGUAUAGAGUCGUCAGUUAGACAAAGAAAACGUCUCUAUCAUCACAACGUGUUCUGUUCUCUGCGUAUCAGAUCAUGAUAAGUGAUUUGCAAAUAUAAAAUUGCAUCUUUUUUCAGGGGUGAAGUUUGUACAAUUUACCCCAAAAGUUAUUUUCUGAAACAAAGGUUUAACUCCAUUCAUAGUGAGAAUAAUGUUCUUAUGCGUUACAAUACAUUAUCACUGCGGUGAACAAGCGUGGCAAGUAAAUAAAGCAGCUACGAGAAAUUGACAUACAAAUUGACAGGUGUGUUUGUGAAAUGUGAUCUGUCAUUGUAUUCGUUGUGUUCCUUUGUUCAGACCUUUGCUGCUUCAGGGAAAGCGAAAUUGGCAACAAAAAAGAUGAUAGUCUCUUUGUUUUUAUUCAUGAGUGGGUUUCUGCAUGUAGCUGCAGGUUAGUGAGGCUGCUUAUGCAUUUUCAUCCAUCUCUAGCUGCCUGCAACUAUUCCUGAGAGGUGUUUUGUACCGAUAUUUUCUUUCGGUUAGUUUGUAACGCCAGCCGUAAAGAUAAUGCUCAGCAAACACAAAUUGGACGGCAAUCCAGCAACCUUCCUUUGUGAUUCGGUUGUGCAUUUCAGAAAGGCUUAACUGUAGGAAAUGCUGCCACCAAUUUGCAUUUUGGUGAACUGAUGAACUAUUACGGUGACGCGUAGUUGUUAGCGGAUAUCAAUAUGGUGUAUGUCGUGUAUAGCUUAAUUGGGAUACUGGCAUAUGAGUUUCCUGAUGAUUUAGGUAGAACAUCUGAUGGUGUAGUGGAACUGGUUUAGCCCCGAAUUUCAAUGAGGCGUUAUACUUUGUCUAAUUCUUCGUUAGUGCAUUUCGAAAUUUUACAUAACUUGAUGUGCUAAAAUCACCACCACACGUCAGUGAAGCUGUCACUUAGGUUGCUAUGUAAUCUACAGUUUUCCCAAACAUCACGCCAAAAAGGAAAAACAAUUAAUCUUGUGUGUAUUUUAACUGGAUAAGUGCUUAUUUGAAUUUGUUAGCUUUUCCAAAAUGCUUUCUUCUGUGCGAUUAUCCGUAGAUAUUGGUUUCAUUUUGUUUCGUUUUUACUUUAAGUCGGAAGAGUUGCACAUUUCACAAUGUGAUCUGAUUAGGAUAAUUCCACUAUUUUUCGAUUCUAACCGUCAAUUAUCAACGAUAGGUUUUUUCUGUCCUAGUCUUUAAAAAAAAUAUGUAUUAUUUCUUCUUUUUAUCAUAACUCUGAGAGGAGAAAUUCAGAGCAUUUCGUCGCUGUGGGUAAGCUUUGUUUUCUUUGUCAUGGAUUAUUGCGUAAUGUUCUCGGUCACGCGAACGUCACGAUUUCAAGAAUAUAAGUUUGAGUUUGUGCCAAUCUUCGGAAUUCAUCUCCGAUAACUUCCUUCAAUGAUGAGUCUCUUCUGUCAAAGUCUCGGACAGAAGUGCGUUAAAAACUCGCUUCUGUCAAAUUGUAACAGUAUGUAUGUUUAGUUAGAAAAAAAUCCCUUUGCCUGUAAAUUGCUACAUUUAGUAAUGUCAACAGGUAUUUCUAACUUUUUCGGUAAAAAAACUCAUCGUUUUCUAUUACAGUCACGUCGCUAUUUUUUGCACCCCAUCACAAGUCCCCUCGCGCUCGCGUUUUCACAUGAUGGAACUAACCAAAGGCGUGGGUGCGAAGGUGACUACCCCCUCCCCUCCCGUCCCUCUCCAAGCACAACUUGUUUGCCGUUUUUUUCUUUUCGGAGAUCUGCUGCUGGAAUUUCCAUAUAAGAUUCACUGGAGCCGAUGGUAUGGGCUCUUUAAUAAUUUACCAAGUCGUGGGAGUGUGGGAACUUGCCAGGCUAGUGUGAUUAAUUCAUUAAAUAUUUUCACCUGUUGUGACCAAAUACUUUAUUAUUUUCUUUAUUCUAAGGCUCUGCCCAGGAUGAACUCAAUCAAUUGGCUUCAAACAUGGAAAUACGGUACGAAGUGCUGAAUAACCUGAUCAAGGUUCCUAAUGGAUCAGGUCCCGUAUUUCUGGCACAAAUAACUCUGACUAACAGAGGGAGUUCACCCAUCAAACAUGGCAAUUGGUCUGUGUACUUCUGUAGUAUUCGCAUGGUGGAAUCACAACAUUUGAAGCAUAACCCUUCGGGUUAUGUAAUCCCAGGGGACAGCGGAAUCAAAUUUACCCAUGUUGACGGGUGCCUUACCAAAUUCGAGACAACGAGUGACUUUAAAGAGAUAACAACCGGCGAUUCUCUGACAUUCAAAUUCAAGGCAGAUGCAUGGUCCGUUGCGCGUACUGACGUCAUGCCAAGUUGGUUUAUAACCGCUGAAGGUUUGAGCCCGCGAGUAAUUACGAACACAGACGACGAAGAGCUGAAUUUUGUUGGAAACUUUGACACCAAAGAAAAAUGGAAGCGUUCCACUAAAGAUGUAUACAACCCGUACACGCCGAAACAACGUUACGAAAAAGACUUUGUUUCGGAUUUAAAGAGUGCCCCCUAUGACGUCAUUCCAACCCCUGUCUCAGUCACACUGGAUGAAGAGGACGGCGUAACUAUUACGUCACAAUGGACAGUGUACAUUCAAGCAGGUCUAGAGAACGAAGCUGCCCCUCUGAAAGGUAUGGUAUUCAGGGUCGCAGAGUCUUGAAUUCUUGAGAAAGAAGUAAAAUUUCAAACUAUUUCUCGAGACGUGGAAAGACUUAGGCAAAUGUGAGUGAUCGUGGUUGAAAUUUUUGUUAGUAUUGCUCAACUUUCAAGAAUCUUUCGUUGCAAUUUUCUAUAAUUUCGAGAACCUAUAAAUGAGAACCUUUCAUAAAUUUCAUUAUUUUUUAGUUUGUUUGUUUGUUUGUUUGUUUUUGAAGACAAGCUCGGUCUCAAGGUCUCAACUUCUACACCAAGAGACACUAAAGCUAUCAAACUCCUCAAAGGAGAUGUUUCUGUGCCUGCAAAAGACGGUCAGCAGUUUCCAAGCCCAGAUGAGUCGUACAGUCUCGAAGUAGACUCUUCUAAGGAACUCAUCGCCAUCACAGGCAAGGGCCCAGCGGGUGUAUUCUAUGGCGUGCAGACCCUUUUGGCGUUAAGGAACUCAAAAGGCAGGGUCCCUAAAGUGUCCAUUAAGGAUGCACCAAGGUAUUCUUAUCGCGGUUUACACUUGGAUGUGGGCCGUAAUUUUGUAGCUAAGGAUCACGUGCUCAAGUUAUUGGACACCAUGGCGAUGUACAAACUUAACAAGUUUCAUUUCCAUCUCACUGAUGAUGAAGGAUGGAGACUGGAGAUUCCUGGAUUCCCCGAACUUACAGAGGUGAAAGAUAAAUGUGCGAUGAAGCUUUUAGUGACAGCCUACACCUUCUUGCAUCUGGGCGGGAGGAAAGGGGAAGGGGGACGAUUUAAUUGUAUCUUGCUGUCUCGAGUCUAGCACGAGUAACUGAUUUGUAUUCGUGGGCAACACAAGGGAAUGUCAUGGUUCCUCUCUUUGCUCAGGAGGUUAAAUGAAUCCUGGCAAACUUUCAGAGAAGCCCUGAGGACCAAAAUACUCGGUGUUAACCUGCGAGGGAUUGGUAUCCUAUUCAGGUGGAGUUCCAACUUUCUUGGUCACUUGGAAUAAUUUCCUGGUUAAAAACACCCCUUUAGAAAUAUCUUAAAAAUCUGCUACAUACAUUAAAAUAGUGCCAUGUUUAUUUCAGUGAAAAAGUCCGCUGCAUAUGAGAUUAGCUGGUAUGGCCAUAAACCGAUUAAAAACCAGAAUGUAAAUGUAUUAUAGCUAGUUUUUUAUCAACUUUUUGUGUUGUUUUUUCAGGUGGGAGGUCAGCGUUGUUUUGAUUUGCAAGGUACCCAGUGCAUCUUACCGCAACUCGGCUCAGGUCCCGACUCGUCCAAUUCGGGAUCAGGCCACUAUAGGGUCAACGACUACAAAGAGAUACUUGAAUACGCAAAAGCUCGACACAUUCAGGUCAUCCCCGAAUUUGAUAUGCCAGGGCACGGGAAUGCCGCCAUUAAAGCAAUGGAGGCACGAUAUCACAGAUUAUCAGCCCAGGGAGAUAAGGCAGGAGCCGAAAAAUAUCUCCUAUACGACAUGAAUGACACAUCGCAAUAUCUUUCCAUACAACAUUAUACAGGCGAUGCCAUUAAUCCCUGCAUGGAGUCCACGUACACUUUUGUAUCCGAUCUAGUUAAAGCUGUCGUUGGCAUUCAUUACGAUACACAACCGCUGACCAUUUUCCACUUCGGCGGAGACGAGGUGGCACAUGGGGCUUGGACCAAUUCCACCCAGUGUGAGAAACUUGUGCAGAGCCUGGGACUCGCCAAAUCUGGAGGUAAAAUGGUGGACAAGUUGAAAGAAUAUUUUGUUCAGCGCGUCUCCAAUAUAACUGCCGAUCACAACCUUGAUCUUGCGGGAUGGGAAGAUGGCCUGAUGAGCCAUCAAAAUGAGCCGUACGAUAGGAGGUUGAUAAAGAACAAUCGAGUGUAUGGCUACACAUGGAACAAUAUUUGGGAGUGGGGAAGUGGUAAACGAGCGUAUGAACUAGCAAAUGCGGGUUAUCAGGUAAAGUGAUAUAAUGACAGGGGAUACCCCAAACUCGAUUAUUCCCCCCCCCCCCAUUUCCUUCAUUCGCAUUUAAACACCCCAGUUGCAGUCGUUAUAUGCGAUCCUGUCGUUGCGUGAAUUUUGGUGCCAGCCAAGCAGUGAAGAAACACACAGUUCUGAUGAGAGGGUGAAGGGAGAGCCUGGACUCUCAGGACCCUCCUUUGGGAUUCAUCAUCAGCGCAUUUUGAUUUAGUGUCCCUAAACUUUAUCCGUGGAGUUGAUCUUUCCCUUGAACCUGGGCUAAGAGGAAAGCCAAAUUUUCUUCAUCGCUCUUCUAUUUGCAACUGUUGAUUAUUCAAUUUUGUAGGUGAUCAUGUCCCAGGCUACUCACUUGUAUUUUGACCACCCUUACGAACCUGACCCGGAAGAGCGUGGAUUCUACUGGGCGACGCGCUUCACGGACACUCAAAAAACGUUUGGUUUUCUUCCGGAUGACUUAUAUGGGAAUAUAGAAACUAAGCGUAGCGGUGAACCGCUGACCAAAGAGGAAGUGUGUGAGAAUACUACCGAUUGUCCAGACUUGAAGAAAAAAGAUAAUAUUGUAGGUAAGUUUGAACUUUCGAGAUUCUUCCUGCGACUUGAAGAGUUUCAAUAAUAAGAGUAAACAUUACUCAAGAUUUAUUCUUUUUUUCCAAUGUGGAUCUAUUUUUGUUGUUGUAUGAAUUUAGGAAUGCAAGGCCAUCUGUGGACAGAAACAGUAAGAACCUCCGGCCAAAUGUACUCCAUGAUAUUUCCUCGUUUGUUGGCACUGGCGGAACGUGCUUGGCAUAAAGCAUCAUGGGAAAGGAUCGCUGACAAAAAGGAGAGAGAUGCCAAAAGGAAGGAGAACUGGAAAGAGUUUGCCAACAAAGUCGGGUACAGGGAACUGGGUCGACUUGACAAGAUGGGGGUGGCUUAUCACGUGAAACCGCCUGGAGUACGGUUAGUAGAGAAUCCAUGCCAACAUAAUUUGAUGGGAGUGAGUUUGAGGUCCGUGUAACUGUGAAAGGUCUGUGUGCGAGGCUAUUCUUGUCGAGCAUAUAGGUACUUCUCGCUCCAUGCGUGGUACUGGUAGAGGGCUGAGGAGAUAUUAUCAUUGAAAUUUUCCAGAAAGAGUUCCUAGCGCUAAGCAAUAUUAGGUUUUCAUAGAUUAUUGUAUUAGAAGAUGUGAAAAGCAAUGAGAUUUAGAAUUAUAAACUGAGUUUUUCCUUAACUCUUGCUAUAGCGUUGACGACGGCAAAGUGGAAAUCACAAAUGCAUUUCCAGGACUUAAAUUCCAGUAUUCAGUUGAUGGUGAAUCGUGGAAAAAUGUUGAAGAUGUUUCCAAAUUAGGAGGAAAAAUUUAUCUACGAACAAGGUGAGAUUUCAUCUUGCUGAUGUUGAUAUGACAUACAGAUGGGAUAAUGGAGCCUUCAGGGGUGGGGGAUUUUGACAGUAAGGAGGGGGAGGAAGUUUACACUUAUCUUAGAAUCCUCUUUCAGUUUUGUUCUUGGUAUUAAUUACCCUCCCCUCUCCUCUUUCGAAAUUGAAGGCUAUGGAAAAACGGCUGCAUAACGUAAAACGUAUUCUAAAUUUCCGGGAGGAUGUUGCUGGUUGUUUUUGUUCUCAGCUGGGACAUAAAUUUCCAUCUUACUUUGCCUCUCAUCACCUUUAUGUUAUCGAAGUUAAGCAAAUAAUUAAUUUUGAUCAUGUUUUCAAUGCUCUUGUUUGAUACUUGUAGUUCCGUGGACGGCCGACAUCAUAGCAGAACAGUUCUGAUAAAUUUUCCAAAUCCUGUGAACUGUUCUCAUUUCGUGACUUCGCAUCUUUCCAUUCUUGUUGGCGUUACCGUAAUUGUGCUAUUUUGGAUGUGGAAGUAGUCGUCGAGAUCAACUUCUGCCUCAUCCCAUCCGCAGGAAAAGAAUAAUCAGAGUAUGUCAGAAAAUUCUUCUUGUGACAAUCAACUCAACAGUUUUUUAUAGACUAAUUACGCCCACUGCAUCAAACAUUUGGUGUGCGUUUUUAUGGAAAGUUAUCAACUCUCAUUUAUUAGAAAUAAAUAUUUUCCCCAGAUGUUCCAGUGAUUAAUUGAAUGCUAGAUUAUUUGAAUUUCAGAAGUAUCAUAUCUCAAUCUUGAAUGAAACAAGGCGUGAAACUUUAUCGGUUGACUAAUAAUUUCGAAACAAAGGAGCGAAUAACAUUUAAGGUUAUGACAAAAUUAAUACAAUA